GACAGCUAUGAACAUGACAAUGAGCUUGCAACACUGGUCGUUGGAUUGAGUGAUGUCACCAUAAUAAACAUUGCAAUGGAGAACUCCACAGAGAUGAAGGAUAUCCUACAGAUCGUGGUGCACGCCUUUCUUAGAAUGAAGGAAGUGGGGAAGAAACCAAACUGUCACUUUGUGCACCAGAAUGUGGGGGACGUGUCUGCUCAUGACAAAAACAUGUGGGACAGGAAAAUGCUUUUAGAACAGCUGAAUGAGAUGACACAGGCAGCUUCCAGAAUGGAGAAGGGACCCAACAGAAAAUUCACCGAUAUAAUGGAGUAUGAUGCAGAGAACAAUAACUGGUACAUCCCAGACCUGUGGCAUGGUAACCCUCCAAUGGCACCAGUGAACACCGGCUACAGUGAGACUGUGUAUGAGUUCAAGAAGAGCUUGAUUGAGCUCUUAAAAAGCUGCAGUGACCAAAAGCCUCCUGCACAAAUUACAGAGUUCUUGGAAUGGGUGGGAAGUUUGUGGAAAGCAGUUAAAUAUGAGAAUUUCAUCUUCAGCUUCAGAAAUAGUCUAGUGGCUGAGGCUUACAGUAAUCUCUGUGUUGAGUUUAAUAACUGGGAAUGGGACUUCCGGAAGGACAUGUAUACCUGGCUAGCAAAUGCUGAGACAAGGAUUUCUAACCUCUGCAGCUCAAACUACGACGACUUUAUGGGCAGUUUAACAGCUGAGGCAUCUUCCGAAUUGGCAAAGCAAGACAACAAAAUUCAGGAGAAACUGGCUAAUUAUUACAAGAAAAAGAAUGGAAAUGUUCAUCUAGUGGAAAAGCACGGAGAAGGCUUUGUGAACAGCAUUAAAAGUCUUAGGAGAGAAAUUGAAAACUCUGUGAAAAACAACUGCGAGACCAACAUUGCUAUACACAAAGAGAAGAAAAAAAUUAACGCUAUUCGUGAAAAAUAUAGAGCCACAAUUGAACGGAAAGUACUGUGCCUACUUGAUGAGUGUAAGAAA